AUGGUUCUAUUAGGUUUCAGGGUAUUCAAAAAAGCAAGUCCCAAUGGAAAGCUCACAGUGUACCUGGGGAAGAGGGACUUUGUGGACCACGUUGACCUGGUGGAACCCGUAGACGGCGUGGUGUUGAUAGAUCCGGAGUACCUGAAAGAGAGAAAAGUGUUUGUGACGUUGACAUGCGCCUUCCGUUAUGGACGUGAAGACUUGGAUGUUCUGGGCUUGACGUUUCGAAAGGACCUCUUCGUGGCCAACAUCCAGGCCUUCCCUCCAGUGCCCGAAGACAAAAAGAGGUUAACUCGCCUUCAAGAACGCCUGAUCAAAAAGCUUGGGGAACAUGCUCACCCUUUCACCUUCGAGAUUCCACUGAAUUAUCCGUGCUCAGUCACCCUGCAGCCUGGACCGGAGGACACGGGGAAGGCCUGCGGGGUUGACUUUGAAGUCAAAGCUUUCUGCUCAGAGAACGUCCAAGACAAAAUACAUAAAAGGUAAAACUAUGUGCGCCUGGUGAUCCGUAAGGUCCAGUACGCCCCAGAGAAGCCCGGCCCCCAGCCCAUGGCUGAGACCACCAGACAGUUCCUGAUGUCUGACAAGCCACUGCACCUUGAGGCCUCACUGGAUAAAGAGAUCUACUACCACGGGGAGCCAAUCAGUGUCAACGUUCACGUCACAAACAACACCAACAAGACAGUGAAGAAAAUGAAGAUUUCAGGACGCAGAUUCAUAUCUGAAUACAACAAUCCCACCAGCUUCCACAAUCCCACCAGUUUCCACAAUCUCACCAGCUUCCACAAUCGCCCCAGCUUCCACAAUCGCACCAGCUUCCACAAUCGCACCAGCUUCCACAAUCCCUCCAGCUUCCACAAUCCCACCAGCUUCCACAAUCCCACCAGUUUCCACAAUCCCACCAGCUUCCACAAUCCCAGCUGGUUAAGAGAGGGAGCCAACAAGGAGAUCCUGGGUAUCAUCGUAUCCUACAAAGUCAAAGUGAAGCUUGUUGUGUCUCGAGGCGGAAUCUUAGGAGAUCUUGCAACAAGUGAUGUCCAUGUUGAGCUCCCCUUUACAUUAAUGCAUCCCAAACCGAUCGAAGAUGCAAUCUACAGAGAUGCUGCAGACGAGGCGCCAAUAGACACAAACUUGAUAGAAUUUGACACAAACGACGAUGACAUCAUCUUUGAGGAUUUUGCGCGGCAGCGGCUGAUCGGAGCGAAAGACGAUGAGGAUGAGGAGGGUACAGACUCUCCCAAGCUGAACCACAGAUAGAGGAGGGAGAUGGAAGCUGCUGUGUUGUUCCUGUGUUGUGGUACAGAGGAGCUACUGUGACUGGAGGAGAGAGGGAGACCCUUUAGAGUCCAGGGAGACCUUUUAAACACACUCACAGUGGUGCCGUUGUCCUGUUUUUGUUCACAUUCGUCUUCUCCAUACAGCAAGGAUGUUAGAGAGAAAGUGUAGAGGAAAUGAGGCCUAGGUGUGGUUUGAGUUGGGGGGACCUUGAGGCCUAGUCGUGGUGUGGU